AUGGCUACUGCAUGCAUUUACCAACCUAAUUUCAUUGAGAUUAAUGUAUCUGAUGGACCACUGGACAUGAUCCGCAAGAAAAGAAAAUUACAACAGCCGCAACAAGAUCCAUCCCCUCGAGAGAGUAAACGCCAACCACAGUUUUCUAUACGAAAGAUUAAGCACUCCUACAUAUUAUCGCUUUAUAAAGAAAUCACAUUCCAACUCGUUGCGGAAAUCAUUAAAAAAAAAAUAUCGAAGAUUUGGGGAAAAGUAUACAUCCCAUCUUAUGAACUGGUAUCAGACAGUAACGGUAAUCAAGUUUACGUGGAGCAAGAUGUUAACGAAGAUAAGCUCUCUUCUGAGAUAAUGAUGAGACUGAAUCCCAAUCAAAUUGACUUAGAAGCGACUCAGGAAUUAUUCGAUGAUUAUCAUUUAGAAUUAACACACUUGGCAAACGGUAUCAGCAUAUCUAGUUCAAACGAUCGAUUCCACAAGGAAUUUUCCUUUAAUAAUACAAUUGAUGGUAAAUUCAGAAUCCGUGGGACGAGUGUAUCUGCAGAUAGUCUCGGAAAGGUUUAUGGUAUCAUGCAGAUUGAAAUCCCCUUCAAUGGCGACAGCCUGCGGAAUGAGUGCACAGUUAGUGGGUAUUCAGCGUACCAAAGUCAGACAGAUGAACCUAAUGAUAUAGAGCAAGAAAUAAGAGCCUUUAAUAUUAGUCGAGAUAAGCAGGAAGGUAUCAUUAAGGAGGAAGUAUCCAGAAGAUUGAAAGCGUGA